AUUUGUCUAUGUCACAGACGCCAAAUGUCGCCAUCGAUCAAUGACAUUUUGUGAAGUAGAAUUUAUUGAUAUAAAGCGUUAAUGUAAAUAAUAAACAAUUUCACCAUAAAAGUCGGCUUCCAGUCGAUAUGUAUGCCAAGGGCAAAGGCUCUACGGUGCCUUCGGACGCUCAGGCUCGCGAAAAGUUGGCUCUCUAUGUGUACGAAUACCUCCUACAUGUCGGCGCUCAAAAGGCGGCGCAGACGUUUUUAUCAGAAAUACGAUGGGAGAAGAAUAUAACACUCGGGGAGCCGCCCGGGUUCCUGCACUCAUGGUGGUGCGUGUUCUGGGACCUGUAUUGCGCGGCGCCGGAGAGGCGGGACACUUGUGAGCACUCCUCAGAGGCUAAAGCAUUUCACGACUAUGGAUUCGUUAAUUCAGGAUACGGAGUCAACGGGCUGGGCCACAACGCGGGCCCGGCGCCCCCCAACGACGGCAUGGGCGGUGGAGGCAUGCCACCGGGUUUCUUCCCCAACUCCUCUCUGCGGCCGUCCCCACCUGCCCCACACCCGGGCUCGCAGCCGUCCCCGCACGGACCACAACCACAGCUGAUGGGCAGCGGGCAGCCAUUCAUGGGGCCUUGGUACCCGGGUGGACCUCGGCCGGCAGUCAGGAUGGGCAUGGGCAAUGACUUUAACGGACCUCCAGGACAAGGCAUGAUGGGCAACGCGAUGGAGCGCGGCGGGCCGCCAGCGGGCGGGCUUCUGGGCGGGCCGCGCAUGACGCCGCCGCGGCCCGGCUGCGGCCCCUGCAGCCCCGGCGGCUACCCGCCCGGCCUGCGCGGCCCUCCGCCGCAGCCCCCAGGUAUGCCUCCAUUGGGGAUGGGGCCGCGCGGCGCGUGGUCCGGCGGCGGCGGGGGUUCGGCCCCCCUGAACUAUAGCGGGGGCUCCCCCGGCGCCUAUGGGGCCCCGCCGGGCUCCAAUGGGCCCCCAGGCCCCUCUACGCCCAUAAUGCCGAGCCCACAAGACUCUUCCAACUCGGGGGGUGACAACAUGUAUACAUUGAUGAAGCCAGUCGGAGCGGGCGCGCUGGGCCCGGAGUUUCCUCUCGCGGACCACAGCGCCCCCCACUCGAUGCCUCAACCGCCGACUUCCGAAGGUCUGGGCGGUGUUGACGGGAUGAAGUCGUCGCCUGGAGGCGUCGGGGGCGGCGGGCCGGGCACACCCAGGGAAGACUCAGGAUCGGGCAUGGGCGACUACAAUUUAGGAUUCGGCGGACCGGGAGGCGACCAGAACGACCAGACAGAAUCAGCAGCGAUACUGAAAAUAAAGGAGAGUAUGCAGGAAGAGGCAAAACGAUUCGAGAAAGACUCUGACCAUCCAGAGUUUUAUAUGCAAUGAUUUUAUUACAAAAAAAGAAAUGAAGAAAAAAAAACGCCAACCUGCCAGUUUUUUUCGGUUCCCGAAUCGGUACCGGUAUUUUUCGGUAUCGGUAUUGAUAACUAUUUUUUGUUGUUGUUAAUGAACGUUUAAAAAUGAAAUUCAAUUGUCUUAAAGUAUUUUUGUGAUCUCAAUUAAAAUUAUAUUUACUUGAAGGCUGGUUGGCGUUGGUUUCCGUUCUGUUGCGUUCCAUCGAUCUGAAUCAAGGAUAUAAUCAUUAAAAAUAGUUUUUUAAUCCUUUUUCCCCUCGCAUAUUAUUUAUUUUAAUAUAGCCGUUAAUUUUAACGCGUAUUUUUAAAAAUAACUCUU